CUGAGCAGUACCUGUGAUGUUGAACACUUCAGACAGUCGACUGAGACUGUAAUGUUCAUGUGAUGUUGCAGGCCCAAAAUGAGUAGACUUCAACGUACCGUCCCCGGGUAACCCUUUUUCAGUUUUCAUAUACAUUGUAUUGACAAGUAUGCCGAUUUUGCCGUGAUGUGUGUGUAGAGAUUAAUUCUAUCCCAUUCCUUUGGUGCAUAUGACCGCCGUCUUUUAUCCCGAAGCUCAAGUUAUUUUUACAAAGGCAGGGGACUUUUGAUCCACGCACUGGGAAAUAAUCGGGAAUGGACGGUCCUGUGCCAUGCAGUCAUGCGUGAAGUCAAAGCUUGUAUUUGCUGAGCUUUUGUGCCAGAAAUGAAAUUUGCUCAGCCGUGUUUGGGUCUACAGUUGAACAAUGGCACUGUAAGCAACCACUGCAGAGGUUUGGGGAUGCUGGUAGCGGAAGGCAAGCCUAUUGCCACUACAUGUAGACCACCUGUAUUAGAAACCAUGUACAUUCUUGCUCAUGCAUAGUUCAUAGUUGAUUUUGCCACUUCAUGUACAGUGAUCGUGGUAUCACUUAUAAACUUGCAGCAGUUUCCAUUUGAAAAUAGCGAAAGACUGUUUGUUGGUUGGUUGUUUUUUUUUUGUUUGCAUGGGAUUUGCAAAAAUUUAUGAGAGUCAGUCAACCAAGGGGUGACAUCAUCGAACGAAAAUGUCAAGGCCUCUCCGGCAACAUUUUGGCAUUACUGAAUAAAUUACAUAUUCAACCUUGGUCCUCACUAACACUUUGCUUAGAAAUUGCAAAGAACUACUACCGUAACGGCUUACUAAGCAUACGAAUUACAAUGUACACGUUAUUGCUUGGUCGUAAGGGUACAAUUAAUCGUCCCUGCUAUGUGUAGGGGUACUUAAAAACCCAGGAAAAGGCUUGAAAACAUGGACAAUUCGAGUGGAGUUUACCUGUGUAAACCGGUGGGAAAACUUUACACUCUCCAACGUUUCUCAAGUUCACCCACAGAUUGAUAAAAGAUGGCGUCUGCGAAAUGGCCUUUACAAAUGCUCAGGACGGUGGUUGUCAUGGUGACGUUAUCGUUUACAUCCAGCUAUUUGCCGAACGAGUCCGACGCGUACGACACCGCUUGCUUCGUCCCUCCCUCAGAACGGCUUCCUGGUGUAGACAAGUUUUUCCUCUUUGAGGUAUUUCUCCCUCCAGUCUCGUUCGAGUACUCUAUCGAGUACCUGAGUUUUCCUAACGGAUCAUGUGGCUUGGACACGUAUAUCCUUCUCCGAGAUUCAUAUUUUCCCAUCCAGCUAGCGAGCUCUCUUCAGCAGUUAGCAAGAGAACUUUUUAGCCACUGUGUGUUGGACAACCAGCAGGACAUGACGCCACCGUAUAGAGUGACAGUUAUGUCAUUAGUCGAUACAGGUCUAGAUGGUGUUCUGAAAUUAGUUCCGGAUGAGGAAUUCAGCCGACUUCCGGCUGAGUGGAUAACAGCAGGAAAUAUCCUUCUUAUACAUAUGGAUAACAUUACCGUGGGGCAUCAUGUUCUGAAUUGCAACGAACCGAAUUUGCAGAAGAUGGAGCAAUCUCAGUACAACCUCAAUUUCACUCUUCAAAUUAAUGGUUGUCCAUCGGGCAGAUAUGGCGGGAGCUGUGAGGGAAGUUGCCACUGCGCCGAAGGAGUGGAGUGCCACAGUUUCAAUGGUGUGUGCAUGUGUCCACUCGGACUGCAAGGGACUUCAUGUGACCAACGUAAGCCAGUGAUCACUGUACAGACGCGCCACAUGUACGUCCCCUAUGGACAGAAUUUCACUCUGAUGUGCACAGCACAUGGAGUGCCAUCACCACUGGCGUGGUCGUGGACUAAAUAUGGCCAGGCCACGCCCCUGUUGGCCGCCUCCAGUCUAGAGACUACGCCAUAUUCUCCAAGGCCCUUUGUGAUCAAGAGUAUUGUAGAAGCAAAAGAUACAUCUGUCAACGGCCCCUAUGUGUGCGAGGUUAUUGACGGGAAUGGAACUCUAUACAGACGGCUUGUGAAUGUCACCGUCAUAGCCAUUCCCGAGCCAUUCGUGCAAGUUCCUCAGAACCAAACCGCCCUCGUUGGAAGCAACGUUACUUUUACGUGCGAAAUCAGAAGCGAUGCCGGGGUAAUCCGAUGGGUCAGAGGUCAGAAGCAGCCACCAAAUGAAGCAGCUGCGAUCAGCGACCUACCUAGCCGGUUCCAGAUAGUACAUCCCUCGGAGGGCGUUUCGAGUCUCCGCAUUUUAAGGUUGGGGUUUGAUGACGAGGAGGUUUACAGGUGUUAUGCAGGGCAUACCUUCCGGGCACCAGAUUUGAUGUACGCAGAGGCAAGGCUCAAAGUUCAGUCCGAUCCCUAUCCCGAGUGUUCCUUCAACAAGGUCACCAGCACCCUGUCGGGUCAGAAGCUGACUUUCCGGUGCCUGGUGAUGCAAGCCAAGCCGGUACCUCGGCUGAACUGGAGAGUUCAAGGAAGACAUCUGAAGCCCAUGACGUUCGAGCACCGCUCCGACGACGGCUUCUCCUACAACAUCAACACCUCCUUAACCUUUGUACCUGGGCCAGGUGAUGAUGGGAAGAGGUUGUCUCUCUCCCUAACCAGUCCAGCAUGGACAGGAACCAGAGAAGUGGAGACAUCACUGAAUGUCUCGUAUGCGCCCUUUGUGACGGUCAUCCCUGACCCUAUUACGGUUAACAAGGGCCAGGAUGUUACAAUCUCUUGCUCGGCCAGGGCCAAUCCGGACCAGGUGGAUGUUGUAUGGACCCUUAGAUCCCCCAACAAGCCAGCGGCCAAUGUGUCCACCAGUCCUACGUACACAUUCAAGAAUAUCAACAUGGAAUAUGACAAGGCUAACCUGACAUGUUCCGUUAGAAACACCAUUGGCAAGACUGAAAAAACUGUGCAGAUCAAAGUAACAGAUAGUAGCAUUUCUCUAGCAGCCAAGAUAGGUCUCAGUGUUUCAGCAGCUCUCUGUGUUACCCUGCUAUUCAUCGCAAGCGUCAUAUCUCGUCGAUAUCGCAGGGAAAUUAAACUCUGGUGGGCUCAAAAAGCUGACAAAACUGAAGACAAAGACUUUGACGUGUUCAUCUCCUACAAGAGCAGCAGCCCAGACGAGGAAUUUGUGAUGCACGAGCUGAUCCCUCGACUGGAGCAGGCUGGAUACCGUGUCUGCGUCCAUUACAGAUACUUCCUGCCUGGAAGAAGUAUCAUUGAAAACAUUGCGGAUGCGGUCCAUCGUAGCCGUAAGACACUCCUCCUAUUGUCUCCAGGUUUCAUCGAAAGCGAGUGGUGCUGCUAUGAGUUCCAGGCUGCUCUCUCCCAGAUGUUACACCUCCAGUCGGACCUCAUACCUGUAAUCUUUGAGGACCUGGGACCCCAGGAGAAUCUGUCCCCAGAUCUGCAGACGAUGCUGAGGACACUGUCCUACGUCAUCUGGCCCGGUGCCAUCCAGCAGGGCUGCUACCAGACUGAGACUGACCUGGACCGCUUCUGGAAGCUGCUGUGGCAGUCGCUCCCACCAGUACCUCUUAGAAGAGACGAGCAGGCGGUUGGCACUGUAGAACUGGAGUUGGAGACCAAUCCAGGACAACGUGGAAGAAUGGAUCGAGUGGACGGAAAUGCGGACUACAAUGGGGAUGCGCCUUUGGUACUUCCUCCUUGACAAGGCUUUGACAAAGACCUGCCUACAUAUCAUUGAUGGAAAGUUGCCAAGUGGGCAUACCAUGUUUUUUCAACAUUUCAUAUUGGUUUAAACGAUUUCCACCUGUUCAACGUUUUGAACAACGUUUCUCCCCAAAGUUGUUACCAUAAAAAGAUAUCAUACAAUCAUUGAAACCCAUACCACUGCAUAGUGAACGAGAAAGCUUCAAUGGCUCGGCUUAAACUCACUCUGGAGUCCGUUUGGAGGAAACCUGUUUUCGUCCUAGGACAAAACAUCCACCUAAUAUGCACUGUUUUUACUUUUUAUAGAGCGUUCUCUAUAUUCAGUUUCAAUCUAGUAUACGUUUGCUCAGUAUUACUCUUGCUUCUAUAUGCAGUGAUUUGUUAGUAUUCAUUUUUUCCCUGUAUAUUUUGUUUGGCGGUAUCAGAGGCACGGAGGUGAGCCCAGGGGAUAUCCUACUUCUCUUGGAAGUCCUGGGCAUCAUAUUGUAAUUAUAGCCUAUUUGUACAGUUUACCGAUCGAUAUAAAUGUGCUUCACAGCAGUUGGUUAAAAAUGAGUAACAUUGGAUAGUGUAUAGGUAUAAUAUUUGGCCCACUCAGUGAAAAAAGAGUCUUAAGUCGCCAGAGCCACUUUUUGAGUUUUCAUUUGUAUUGGAAAGAGCGAACUGAGUUUUUUGCUUGGAUGUAUCACUCAGUUUGGUAUCCUUAUGAAAGUGGAUACUCCAUGGUGAAAAAUGCUGUGGUUUCCUACUGAUUUACACUGUGCACAAUUAUGCUUUAGGACUUUUUAUUCCAAAGUGGCUCUGGCGGCUUAAGACUCAUUUUCACAGAGUGGGACGCAUAUAUAUGGGUGCAGUGUAAAACAUGAUAUCCUGUGUCGUUUUAGCUAAUUUUAUUCUAAUGGCCUGUCGCUUACGUGUUAGACUACCUGUGAAGUAUUUGAUUUCGGCUGGCUGGUUUGAUUGAAUAUUUAUGAGGAGUAAUAAAACAAAUACAGCAUGGUUUA